AUGAGUUUAAGUACACCUGAUAAAAGGACACUAGAGAAACAAAAGAAGCUUUUGAUAAAGAAAAUAAUGGGCUGGAUAAGGCAAUGCUUUAAUGAUCGCGAAAUUGGAUUUCAUCCUUUCAUAUUAUGUGUUUCAAUAAAGCCAAGCGUUAAUUCAAGAUGUGCAACAAUUCAAAGUUAUCCAAAUUAGGAGUUGUGGAAGAGUUUACAUUAACUCAAAGGUCAAGAAUUACUCUCAUAGAUUAUCUAGGAGGUAUCUGAAAAAACAUUUAAACUUAAAGACAAAUACGAUAAUUCAUUAAUUUAAUAGUUUUUAACCAGAAUACAGAAUAACUUUGAUUUUUGUAAGUUCUAUAAAGAGACUCAAGAAUCAAAUUAUGAUUCGGAGCAUGCUUCAUAAUUGACAGAAUUAAAUUAUAUUAAUUAAAACACAAAAUAAUUCUAGAAAAUUGAUAGUGAAUCUAAAUAACUACUCAAAUAAAUUGAAUUAUGUAAUACAAAAUAAGGUUCAAUAAUUUCUAUUGAAAAGCAACAUUAUCAUAAGCUCUCCUAACUGUAUGAAAAAAUAUGCUCGGUGCCAGAAGAAAAUUAUUCUAUCGAGAUGAAAAAGUUCAGAAAUUAAUUAUCCUUGCUUUUAGAAUCUACUGAAAGCCCAUAAAAGAAGCAAGUGUGUAUUAAAAAUGAGUUUUAAACUGAGAAGGUAGACAUGUCUAUUUAAAAUACUGAAAUAUAGAAGGAUGAAUAACAACAUCAUCUAUUAUAAGAUAUAAAAUAAGAAGUUCUAUCAAUAAUGCCCGAAAUUGUAUUAUUCCUCCCAAGUGAAUAAAAUAUUAAAAGAGUCAAUAAAAAUGAACUAAAUUAAAUUGAGGAAGACUUCUUUAAAGAAUUGUACUUUUUCAAGGCUCUUGAUUCUGGAACUUUAACGUCUUACAAUAUCACCUUUUUGUGGAAACAUUAUUUCUAACCAAUGUUAGAAUAAGUAUAUCACUAACAGCAAUAAAUAAAAACUGAAUGA